AUGAAGGCGCAGGUGCAUACCACGCAGCGGCAGCUGAUGCGCGAUCCGGAGGUGCUGCUGCCGCUGGAGGAGGCCGCCGCAAGUGCCAAGAGCAUCAACGGGAAUGGCGCCUGCCGGCCAGGGAAGCCGCUAGGGUUCCCGGAGCAGGCUGUGGCGGCUAAGAUGGUGGUUGCUGUUGAUGUGGAUGAAGUUCUUGGUAGCUUUCUUGCGGCUCUGAACAAAUUUAUUGCUGAUCGUUAUUCAUGGAAUCACUCAGUAUCAGAGUACCAUGUAUACGAGUUCUUUAAGAUAUGGAACUGUUCUCGAGAAAGAGCUAAUUUUCUUGUCCACGAGUUCUUCACAACCCAUUACUUCCAAGAUGGUAUUCAUCCUAUCCCGGGGGCUCGAGAUGCUCUCCAAACUCUUUCUUCUUUCUGUAGCUUGUCUGUAGUAACAUCUCGGCAGGAUGUAAUUAAGAAUCACACAUUGGAAUGGAUCGAGAAGUAUUAUCCAGGCUUAUUUGAGCAGAUCCAUUUUGGGAAUCAUUUCGCUUUGGAAGGUCAAUCAAGGCCAAAAUCAGAGAUUUGCAGGUCUUUUGGCGCUCAGGUUCUAAUUGAUGACAACCCGAGAUAUGCUUUAGAGUGUGCUAAUGAUGGCAUGAGGGUCCUUCUAUUUGACUACGAUAACUCAUAUCCUUGGUGCAAAACUGGAGUUGACGAAUCGCAUCCGCUGGUGACAAAGGUUCACAACUGGGAAGAAGUUGAGGAGAAACUUCUUUCUUGGGUAGUACCUGAGAGCUGA